AUGGAUGUGUUGGCGAAGAAGUGGGUAGGAAGUCUUCGGUUUCGUGAAGCGGAUCUUAACGAUAAGGUGUUGCCAUCUUUUCCAUUUCGCAAUGAGGUGUUUAUAGCUCGUGCAUAUGCUAUCCAAGAUGUUGAGCAACGUCACCUUGUUGUGGAGUCUUCUCGUUCAACUUCUAUUGAUCCGAUGACCGUUGAUAUUGGUGUGGAAUCUUUAAAGGAAAAAGAGGUGGAAGAGGAGUUUGUGGAAGAUAGUAAGGAAGGGGUUUUGUCGUCGGUGAAUAAGAGCAAGGCGGCCCGACAGAGUAUGAACGAUGAAGAUGUUGGAGGUCUGGCACUUGUGGUGCGCUUAUGUCCACAGAGAUUAUCUGGAGGGAGCUCCCGUGUUUUUCUUGUUGAAAAUGAGGUUAUCGAUAUUCCUGAUGAUGACCAUGUGGAGAAAUUGGUUUCUGAAGAGGUUGCAGUUGGGCUUGUGCAGAAUGUGGUGGUGUGGAAAUUGUUGGAUUAA